AUCAUGGGAUUUGCAGACCUGCUUGAAGAAGCUGGUGGUGUGGGUGUUUUCCAGCUAAUAAACAUGGUUUUACUGGCUUUACCCUUUUUUAUGCUUGCCAGUCACAAUGUAAUUCAGAAUUUUAGUGCUGCCAUUCCAGAACACCACUGCAAAGUCCAGCUCCAUUGCAACUACAGCCAUUGCGUUAACCUAACAGUUAGUCAGAUCCAAAGAUUAUUAAUUCCAUUGGAUAAUCAGAAGAAGUUAGAGAAGUGCCUUCAGUUCCCAGCACCACAAUGGGACCUAUUGAAUAUGGACAGUGCUUACUUAAAUAUGACUUCACGAGAAAUGGUGCCUUGCAAAGAUGGAUGGACGUAUGAUACAUCUGAAUACAGUUCUACCAUAGUAUCUGAGUGGGAUUUGGUUUGUGAGUCACGAUCUCUGAAGGAAAUUGCACAGACUGUGUACAUGUCUGGUGUGCUAGGUGGAGGCAUUAUCUUUGGACAGCUGUCUGACAGAUUUGGCAGAAGGACAGUCUUGCUUUGGUCUAACCUUCAGAUGGCUGUGGCUGGGACCUGUGCAGCCUAUUCUCCAUUAUUUGCCUUAUAUUGUGUGUUUCGUUUCCUGACUGGAAUGGCCUUGUCAGGUAUAAUCCUGAAUGUCUUCUCCCUUAAUAUAGAGUGGAUUCCUAGCAAGAUUCGUGUGGUUACUUGCAUAGGUCUUGGUUACUGUCAUACCUUUGGACAACUAAUCCUGGCAGGAUAUGCUUACAAGAUUCGUGAAUGGCAUAGGUUGCAACUUAUUGCAUCUGCCCCAUUUUACUUCUUUUUCCUUUAUACAUGGUGGAUUCCUGAAUCUGCCCGCUGGCUAGUUUUAAACAAGAAAUCCAAAGAGGCUGUGAAACAAUUGAAAAGAGUUACAAAACUCAAUGGACGGCCAGAAGUUGUAAAGAGACUCACACCAGAGGUCAUUGAAGCUAACAUGGAGAAAGAGAUUAAGGAGUCAGAGUCCUCCUACCGCAUUACAGACGUACUUCGAAGACCUGGAAUGCGACGAAUAACAUGCUGCUUACUUUGUACAUGGUUUUCCACCAGUUUUUCUUUUUAUGGGCUUGCAAUGGACUUACAAGGAUUUGGUGCCAGUGUUUAUCUUAUGCAAGUAGUUUUUGGAGUAGUUGAUAUCCCUUUCAAUAUCAUUAGUCUGCUGUUGAUUUCCCUAAUUGGAAGGCGCUUCACUCAGGCCUCUUCUCUGAUUUUUUCAGGAGUUUCAAUACUUGCAAAUAUUUUUGUACCAAAAGAAAUGCAAGUCAUGCGCAUAUCCUUUGCAGUAUUUGGAAAAGGCUGCGUAUCAGGAGCAUUCAUCUGUGCAUAUCUUUAUACAUUAGAACUGUACCCAACAGUGAUCAGGCAGACAGGACUGGGGUUUGUCAGUACUAUGGCACGUCUGGGUGCCAUGGUGGCUCCGCUGGUGAAGCUGACCGGUGAUUAUGCCUCAUUCCUGCCAUUACUAAUAUAUGGAACCGCUCCCAUUAUAACUGGGAUUGUAGUAUGCUUCCUGCCGGAAACCAGAAACACACAAAUACCUGACACCAUAGAAGAAGCAGAAGACAGACUCCUCAUAGUGGAACUGCUAAAGCCAGUCAUACUGGGAGAGUAA